AUGGCCUGUAUUCAAGUGAAAGUUAUGGAAAUUAUGGCAACCCUUAUGGUAUGUAUGGCCGUGGAUAUGGAGGAUAUGGAGGCUACGGAGGCGGUGGUGGUUAUGGAGGAUAUGGUGGCAAUGGUGGAUAUGGUGGAUAUGGUGGUUACGGAGGGUAUGGUGGAUAUGGUUAUAGACGAAGACAUCAUCGAUUUAAUAGAAGAGGUUAUGGAUAUAAUGGCAAUCCUUAUGGUAUGUAUGGUGGAUAUGGUGGUUAUGGAGGCUAUGGAGGCUACGGUGGCUAUGGUGGUUAUGGAGGAUAUGGUGGCUAUGGUGGGUAUGGUGGUUAUGGUGAUUAUGGUGGAUAUGGUGGAUAUGGAGGAUAUGGAGGAUAUGGAGGAUAUGGUAGAUACGAAGAGGUUGGGAUAUUUGUGGAGUGAUAAUGAUUAUUGGGGUAAGCAA